UGUGUCCUAGGGAAUGGCUAUGAGGAGGGAAUACUUGACUUGACCAUAUAGGGUGGGGAGAACAUUUGUUGGUGACUACUAGUGGUUAGCGCGACUGAUGCCCGUAUGCUUAGACAAAUGUGUAAAGUGCAUUACAUUUCAAAACUGUAUAGCUACUUAAACAAAAAAUAAGCUUAUGAUGGGGAAAUAGAAAUCUUAUGAUGGGAUGAUGGGAAGCUGAUAAUGGUGAGCAGCACACACAAAUAUGGAAUAAACUUUUUGUUCAAGAAUACAGUAAGAAUCAGGUUUUGAAGUGUAAUGCACUUUCCUCUACACAUUUGUCUUAGUAUACGGGCAUGACUCACACUCAGGAGGUCCCGGGUUCGAUUCCCGCGGCGGGAUGGAAAAAAUAACUGGGCAAUUUUUCCCCACACCCUAAGCCUCUGUCCACCCAACAGUAAUGGGUACCAGGUGUAAUUCAGUAGUUGUGACACCGUUUCCUGGGAAGGUAAGCUGUGGUAGCCCGGAUGUCACAGUAGCCCUGUGUUCCGAGGUGUUGGAUUCAAUCCACCACAGGCUCAAAGGCCAAUUAGACGGGAGAUGAGCGCCCGCGGCUACGCACUGCAACAGCGUAUGCCCCCAACUUUACAUUUACCUUUACUAGGAUAUGACUAAUAUCAGAACCCAUCCAUUUUUUUGCACAUUUUGUAGCAUGCUAACGUACUUACAAUUUCACCAAUGUACUCCACGCUUGCAGAUAUUCUACCACCAAGCUCAGAGAGAAGGAAAUUCCAAGGAUCACGUAUUGCAAACGGGCGACACACUGGGCAAUUUUGGGAGUUUACUUCAGAAUGCCAGUUUUCCGUAUUUGGUGUGGUGAUCGCAUCAUAAGGAAAUCGGUUGUGUCAGUAGCAGAAAUUGAAGAACUAAAGAAAAAAGCAACACAAAAACUCUGUUUGGAGUUGGUAGGACCUACGAAGUUAGUUCUAGAGAAAUGUGGUACAGAAGUGGACGACGAUGAGGUGUUGGAAGAAAUUGCUGAUGAAGUCUUAUUAUUGUUGGCUGAUGGACAAACUUAUACACCAUCUGUAGCUCAGCAAAUACCUGACUCUGCUCGAAGUUUGGUAGCAUGUACUACAGGCGAUGUACUUCAACCCAGCAGGAGUGCAAGUGACAACGAAGUGGCAAGCACAAGUUCAAGUGGGACAGAGGCAUAUGCCAGUCACAAAUCAUCUAAUACAUUAUCAUUGCCUCUGCCAGAACUCUCACGGGCAACCCGAGAUGACUUACAACAGGGAGAUAAAUCAAGACGGGUCUGGUUGCAGCUGAUAGAAGAAUCCAAGAACUACUACAUGAAGUAUUGCCCUCUGCUUGAUGAAAACCCUUAUGGGGCAUACAAGAUUAUUGGAGAGAUGUUAGCUGCUUACCCUAGUAUCGAGAGGGAAGGGAAACAUAAAUGGAGCCAGUAUGCGAAAGCACUCAGUCAAAGUAUACGCACAGAGCGUUUUAGACGUAAAAGAAAAAGCCUUCCUGUAACUCCACAAGAACAACAGCUGCCCCCUAAAAGGUUCACUGUGGGAAAGCACAUAGUUACAGACGCCAGUAAUGCUCUUCCAGAAGAAGAGUUUGAAAAGCAUGUUCUUGAAAUCCAGAAGGUUUGGAAUACUUCAGCAUGCAGUAGCUCACAUGUAGAUAUGCUGCUCAGGGAAUCCUACUGCAACAGAAGACAAUGGUUGCCAUAUCUACCAAAUGGGAAAUUGGCACCAAUACUGGAGAAAUUCCCAUGUUUUCAAGAGUCAAGCUAUGUACUGCGUGAAGUGGAACGCAUGUUGCUAUGUGAAGUAUCAACAUGGAAGGACAGAUUGGAGAAAAUUGUUGAGGCCCUGAGCGAUCAAGUACCUUCUAGUGCAUGUAACAAUGAUAAUGAUCAGCAUACCGUGGACAUCAUCAGAUUCAUUGAAAAAUCUGUUGCCUUUAAGAAGGGUAAAGGCAUUAAAUCAAAAUCCUGCUUUACGGUUGCGGAUUUUAACAUCUCUGAUGCUGACAAGAAUGACUUGUGCAGUGUGCACCUCCUCUGAAUUAUCUCCUCCUCACAUUGUGAUGUUUCUUGAUGGAAGUAAAUAUGUGGAUGGAUAUAUUGUGGGAGAUAAUUGUAAGAUUGCUUGCAAGAAUCUCAAAAGUGCUGGAGAAAUCUUUAUAACAUUAUUGGCUUGUUAUUAUUGCUUUGAUUUCUCAUAUCCCCGUAUUUACUCUCAGCUCUUGGGGUUCCUACAGCAAUGUGUUAUGCAUGACCAGUAUCAUCUUGAAAAGUCAUCUGACUACAAGCACUUCAUUGCACAAUGUCAGAGUUUCAUUGGAUAAGGAUUUUAGGUUCCCUAGAUUUUCAUGUUCUACACCUUUUAACCUUAAAUUAAAAAAAAUUGAACUUCCAAUUUAAAAAAAACUGACUUUCAGAUUGAAAAAGCUGACUUUCAAAUUAA